AUGAUACUUCAAUUCAAAUGUGAAAGAUUACAUUAUAUUCUAAACACUCACUACAUUGUAUCAGUGUAUAAUGACAAGUUGACUAUUGGGAAUAAGAGUCAUCCUAAAUAUGAGUAUAAAUUUACACUUGAAAAUGUUUUACACUGGUACGUGGAGAAUCUAAAGCUGCAGGCUUUUGGGAUUGAGUAUAAUGGGGCAAUCAAGUUUUUUAAAGCGAAUAAUAAAGAUUUGGAAAAGUUAAGAGGGUUGAGUAGAUGUCUUCUAUGUUUCGAUAAUAUUGUGGAGCUCUACAAAUAAAUCGAUAUUAAUGAGCCAUCGAGGUUGUAGGAUCAAAUAUCCCUUUAAUUGUGCAGCAUGAAGGUUGUAAGCUAGUAGCAGUUGUUGACAGAGGUUCCUAUAGUUCGAUAGUUGAAUCAUUAGGGAAUAAUUUCAUACCGUGAAUGCUUUCAAUAUAAAAGCCAAUAUUAUAUUGUAACAGAAUUUGUUGGAGGAAUAACAUUACAGAAAUUCAUAAUUUAAAACCCUAAGUUGAGUCAUCUAUAAUGCAGAGCCAUAAUACUUCAACUGCUCAAGGCUGUAAAAUAUUUACAUGAACAUUACGUCAUACAUGCGACAAUCGAUAUUAGCCAAAUUGUCUACAAAUCAGAUUUCAUCAAAAUUAUUGAUUUUUCUGAAGCCAAACAAACUAACAAAAUAGAUGACAAGGAUAUCAAGAAUUGCGGUCGCAUUCUAUUCUAUCUGUAUCAAACAUUCUCAUCUUAAUUUAGGUACACUGGCAAAGAGUACAGCGACAAGGAUCAAGAACUAAAUUACAAGACUCUUUAGAGUGCGUAGACACCUAAAUUGGCUUAGGAACUCAUUUUAAUUAUGAUUUGUGACAACAAUGUAACGGUGUCUCUGAUUUUGGAGCAUCCGUAUUUCUCAUUCUCGUUGGAUGCUGAGGAGAGGAAGAGAAGAUUCUAAAAGUUCCAGCGAGUGUAGAGGUCAACUUCAGAAAUGGAUGAAAGUGAUGCUAUCUCUCAGAGUAUACCAGAAUUGUAAACAAAUAAAAGUAAAUCAUUAAGAUAAUUGAUGUGA